AACGUUCGUCUUUGUGUGGCUGUGAAAGAAAGAGAUUGUGGAGCUGAAGAAAUGAAACCCUUAAACACCUCAAGAUCUCAUCGACUCCUUGAUUUUGUUCCAUCUGUUAGGCCAUCGUUUCUUUCUGUGAUGUUAAUUUUUGUUUGCGGAUGCCUCUGGGUGAAGAAUACGACAAUCAACGAACGACUUGUCCAGCUGGAAUCUCGCAUUCACUGUUUUUCCUGCGUUAAGAGUAUUUCUAUCGAAAAUCUUGACAAGAUGACUCUCUCGCCGGCAAAAGAUACCGCAAAAGAUCUUUACAAAAAUAUGCAGACACAUGUUUCAGAAGGGAUCGCCUCUAACUCAGGUAAAAUCGAUGCUUUAGGUAUGAUUAUCCUCUCUCAUAGAUGUCGUAGUUUGACUGAGAUAAACUUCCGCUAUUACGGACUCUCGUUAAUAAAGAGGACACUAACUCGAGGUCCCUAUAGUCUCCGCUAUAAAGGUACAGUGUUCUCCCUAAAUUUUAGCUCAGCGGGUAAGGGAUCAUUGAUGCCCGAGAGGUUGCACUUUCCUAGGGAGGAAUGGGGCUAGUGGAGUGAGAGACAUGGCCUCACCCUAGGAGAAGCCAAGUUCUUUGAAACGUCAUUCCCUCAUUUUAAGACCUCUUUUACGCAAAUCGGCCGUUGAUAUCUUUAGACAACAACUUAAAACGUUUGCUCCCAAUAAGUUUACUCUGUAUUCACUGUUUUCUUUCCAAACUGCGUGGCCCAUAAAAAGAAAAGCUUGUGUAUACUUAAGCACUUUUCCAUAUAUUCAUUCAUUUCCUUGAUCGGAUCGGAUUGCACCUUGCGUAUUGUACCGGUUACCGUCUGAUAAGGAGAACGCUGAUUUAGGUAGUUGACUGUAGUUCGCCUUUUGAAACAAGAAACGAUUGGUAUUAUCUUUAACAGAGACAUUUAUUUCCUCAAUGUAUCCCUCCCCCAACCCCUCUGCCCCUGGCAAAAUAUAGCAUGACAGUAUAACGUGACUGAUAUAAUUUAGCCCGAAAUUCCAAAAACUAUUGUCGUUCUACGCUAACAAAACAAGACAGGGUCAAUUUUGGUGUUUAAAACACUGUUCAAUAACAGUAACUCUCUGUUCCCUAAAAACUCGCAAAGAAAAUUAAGUUUCAGUUUUCACAUUUUUGUCGGAUAUUGCAUUUAAAGCCCUUCUAACUAUCCAAGUGAAUAUGUUUCUAUUUGACGGGGCGAUCCACAAAUAGCAUUCCUUUCUUGUCAUCUUGUAAGGAAAGACUUUUCACUCGCAGGGAGAGUAUUCCAUCAAAUUGAAGCUUUUCCGUGGGAGGGGAGGGGACCUUGGGAGGGCAUUUUUUUUGCUCCAGCGCAAGCUAACAACAUCAUCGACUCCUGUAUCUAGAUAAUCAUUGGGCGUAGAUAUAGGGGGAAAAAUAACUCCACGCAAUUUGUUUUGUUCGCUCCAAUUCGACUUCCAUUUCUGUUUGCAAGACGACCUGAAAUUACCGGUCCCCUCCCUGCAAAUAUCGGCCCCAUUGAAGAGAGAGUAGGACGCAAAGCCUUCUGGGAGAUCCAUCGGCCAUUUCUUGAUUGGGCGUUGCCCUCACGGGCAGCACAAUAAUAACAAAAGUGCCUAUUGUUUAUGCCUUGUUCUGUCUUUCUUUCUUGAUAUAAGACGGUGAUAAGAGGCCUUACGAUCACAAUAACAAUAUAACAAUCCAAAAAGAAAUGCGAAGUAAUUCACACGAAGAGCUACGAAGUAAUUACAAACUAGAAACCUCUCCUUGAGGAUUGUCUGAACGAAGAGAGGAGAAACUAUUGGUCUAAUUAAGCGGUUUUAAACCGAUAGUUUCUCCUCUUUUCGUUCACGACAGUCCUCAAGGAGAGGUUUUUUUUUUCAAGUUUUCUUUACGGUAAUAUAUAAUACUUCUAGUUUGCAAUGACUUCGUGUGAAUUACUUCGCAUUUCUCUUUGGAUUUUUAUUGUGAUCAUAAGGCCCCUUAUCAUUGUCUUAUAUUAAGUAAAAAGCAUUGGAGUUAAUUUUUUGAUGCACCAAAAAAUUUAUCGCGGGUCUUAAUGAUCCCUUUUCCUUCCCUUUCGGACGCCUACCACGUGGGUUAGGUCCAGGUUAGGUCUAACAAAAAAUAGUUUACUUUAAAGCUUUUUUAGACAGCAAUGCGUGCUUAAUCUGUACAAUUUAAUUAAGGAUUGACUGCAAAGGAUAAAGUUUCAAAAGUUAGUGUGCUGUAAGGACCUGUAAGUGGGCCAAAACGUAGCCUAACAACGUCUGCUCAGGAAGUUUGUGUAUUGAGUAGAAAACUAGACUGUGUUAUAGCGAGUAGGAAAUAAGACCACCCCAGCCCCCUAAAGAUACAAUUGUAACUUAAGGAAUGAUGAUGGGUAAUAGAACGCACGAGGUCUGUCUUGUUGUGCGAGUCCCGCUCCAUAUUGGUGUUUUGUCUCGUAGUUUUGCAAUGGGAAAAUAGCGCCCGCCUGUCCCCGGCCAGUAACAAUAGGCACAGGUUGAAUCAAGAGCGAAUGAGCUUCUCUUGCUUGAAUACAGUAAUUUGUUGUCUAAAACAUGUGCCAAAACAGGAUUCAUAGUAAGAGGGGAAGUAAUAACGCACUAAUUUCCACAAGAACAUUCUGAAUGAAAAAAAAAAGAGGAAAACUACCUACCUGACUUUGAUCAGUAGGUCUUGUUCUAUCAAAAUCCGCUAUCAAACCUUUUCUGACCCGAUCAUUGUACGAAACCCCUCUUUCAGGGUCCUGGCUUCCGGACUAGAAAAGAAGAAAGAGGAUUGUUGACCUCGUUUAGACGUACUUUGUUUCUUUUGCUUCAAUUAUCCAUUUGCACAUCUCCCAUAAUACACUUUGUUUGCCCUCUAAAAUUUUGCGUAACCUUGGCAUUUAAUUUCUCCUGGGUAUUACAGUCGUUACAAGAGAAAUUGAAGACAAUCUUUACGCAAAAAAUUUCGUGGGGCAAAACAAGGUGUACGUGUUGCACGUUUUACCGGCUCAACGCAAACUUGUUUUACAGCAAGUGACGUAACCUCCGUGAAUGGCGUCACCUCCGGGUAAUGUUAUUCAAUCAAACAAAUUGAACGUGGGUGAUAAAACGUGCGACAUCGCUUUUCAACUCCUGUUGCGGCAAUGUUUCGAAACAAGUUGCACGUUUUUGUUGCUUGUUUUAUCGUAGCUUUACUGACCCGGUGUUUCUUUCUCGUAAACACUUCCAUUUAUGGAAGGGAUCGUGUCAUUUCCACUCACUCUAUGCUGGUGUCAGUAACUAACCUAAUAACUUGGUUUUAAUUUCGAAGGAACCUUUUAAUACGUACAACCUUGUUAAAUUUAUUUGUUUAAUAUACAACAUUUUUUACUGCAGUUGUACCGUUGUCAAAAAUGGCACUUACAACCGUCCGACCAAGAAACCGAAGACACGUUUUAAACGACACUUCAGCUAGUAUAACAUUACAAGACGUGAGGAAAGAAAUCACAAAACAGUUUCAACAACUUAUGCCCCUCAAGUACUGUACAUCAAGUGAGAAAGUAUGCCCCGCAGGUCCCCCUGGACUUCCUGGUCCCACUGGGGCAAAAGGACCCCGUGGUAGGAGGGGGGCAAAGGGGAAAAGGGGGCCUCAAGGUCCCAUAGGACCACCUGGAAAAUCCGGAAAAACAGGAAUGACGGGUCCUGCAGGGCCGAGAGGAGAAAAGGGAGACAAGGGAGAGCCUGGCCCGAAAGGUAUGUCGGGACCACCAGGAAUACCCGGGAAAUCUAUAUCUGCUCCACAAGUAAUGUUGUCACCGGCAGAACAGACACGAGAUGAAGGAACAAAUACGGCUUUUUAUUGCACAAUUGGAGGAAAUCCUCCCCCUACCGUCGAAUGGCGAUUCAAGGGCAGAAAACUUCUGUCAGGUGCAAAGUAUCUGAUUAAAAAGGGAGAGUUGAUCGUUAAGAAUCUGAACUACAGCGAUGCUGGGCAGUACACAUGUCACGCCAGGAACAUUCUUGGUUCGUCUGAGGCCAGUUGUAAUUUAUCUGUUCGAGGUAAGCUCAGAGAAUAAUUGAAACUUCAGAAUUUUUCACACUCAGCUGCUUAGUGAUGAAUAUUUUUAUGUCUAUAAAGGGUGUUGACUGGGUCAUACCUUUGUUUGAGAUUUGCUGGUAAUCUUUUCCCUUUUUGCUUUCACUUUCUUUUUUCUUUCUUCCUUUUCUUCUGUUUAUUUGUUUGUUUUGUUUUUUUUAAAUUCAUUUUCGUCUCACUUACAAUAAUUUGUACAAGCAAUAAUAUAGAAGCUUCGUUGUCCAGAUGCUCGCAAUUGUUUUCUUUUCGUUGUUAUACAUAUCAUUUUCAGUAUUCAUCUUCUCUGUCAGGUCUUCCAGUCUUAACAAAGGUUCCACCUUCGCCCGCCACGCCAAUGCAACGCAGCAUCUUUCAAGCAGUUUGUCAAGCUGAAGGAUUCCCUCUUCCCGUUAUAAGCUGGAGAAGAGUUGGAAUGCCCUUUCCAGGUGGAAGAACUGAAGUAAACCAUGGUACACUAACCAUUAAAAACUUGAUUCUUGCUGACAGCGGUUUGUACGACUGCAUCGCGACGAACGCGAUGGGAACAAAGAAGACCAGAAUCAACUUGGUAGUGCAACGAAAACUCGUAAGCUCUAUAUAUUCAGCACAAAAAGGUUCGUGAGUUCUGCUAAUCAAUCUUAGAUGUUCAUUUUCAUGUAGGAACUUAAGCCGGAUAUUAUAGUGAACAAAUGAAUAACAUAAAAACACUGAUUGUAGUCUUUAAUUCAGCAGGUGUUUCAAAGAGGGUCUGAUUUUUUUUUGUGAUGUUACGCUGCUCCCGGAAAUUUUCCGCUGAAACAACCAAAAAAGUCGUGCUCCAUUUUCUUUCCACCCGGAUUUUCCGGAAACGUUUUGUAAACAAUAAUCAAGCAAAGCCGCACCGUAAUUUUUAGGGAGUUAUUAUAACUCCAAAAAUGGAGUAAAAAUUUUAGGUACAGGAUAACCCCUUUUUUGGGGUUAUUUUAACUCCUAAUUUAACUCCGAAUUUGGGGUCAUUUUUACUCCUGAAAAAGAGUUCUUUUUACUCCCAGUCUGGAGUUAAAAUUACUCCGAAAUGGGGUUACUUGUACUCCUUACAUGGGUUGUUUUUACUCUUUUUGGAGUUAAUUUAACUCUGAAAGUGGAGUAAAAAUUUUAGGUACAGGAUAACUCCUUUUUUGGGGUUAUUUUAACUCCUCAAUAUCUGGGGUCACUUUUACUCCUGAAAAAGAGUUCUUUAAACUCCUUUUUGGAGUUAAAAUAACUCCACGAAAAAUAACUCCACUGUAAGGAGUUAAAUUAGCCCCACUAGAGGAGUUAUUAUAACUCCCUGAAAAUUACAGUGCGGUGUCAGCCAUAAAAAAUUGUCAUCGUGGGCCUGCCGAGCCAUAUCCUUGGGCGUAAUAAGGCUUAGAUUUUACUACCCUCUUGCGUUUUAAUACCGUUGAAAAGACAAUAUACUCAAUGUUGACACAAUUCAUCAGAGCUUUUAGUCUCAAAGAGAGUUUUUUUUUUUCGUGAUACUUCAGUUCUGAUAACGUUAUUUAAUUUUAAUGCUGCUCGAUAUUUGUUCAGAUUUCAUAGACUCCGCAAUAGUGGGGAACAGCAGAAAUUACUCGAGGAUUUUAAGAAGCUGGCUUUCCCCUGUGGCACGAAGCGUGAAUUCCGCCUGGAAGCGCUGUUGGCGUGCAUCUGUAGACGGCUGGGCUGCAAGUACAUUUCACGCGAGAUGUGAUGGCAAGGGACCAACUGUAACAAUAAUAAGGGUCGGAAGGUAUAUUUUUGGGGGAUACACCAGUGUUUCAUGGGGUAAGUGGAUAUUAUGAACAGGGAUAAUUUUACUACGGUUACUAGCUUUGUUAUAAAGCUAAAAACAAAGUUAUAUAUAAAGGAGUAUGAAAAUAACGCAGCCUUUGGAUACACUGAUAAAAAGCGUUGUUUUUAUGGAUCUUGUUCUAGCCUCGCUCCACCUCUUUCCUUUGCAUCCCAUCCCCAUUCUCUCUCCAAGUGCGAUGAUAUAUUUAAAACAUAGACUGAAUAUUUUCUGAAAUGACAGUGUUGUUUGUAGACUAAAUCAUUCAAGGGUCCGGUCCAGUCGGUGACUCCCUGACAGUGCUUAGUCAUGUAACUGAAGGCGCCUCAGUACUGUUUUCAAUUUCUUACCUGUUUCAUUCUCCAAAUGACCGGUUCCAGUGACCAUUUUUUUGUUGGUGAUCGCCCAUAUUAUGGCACUGACCUCUUUAGGGAGGUAUUAAAAAGUCAAUUUUUAUCCCGUGUAUUUGAGAGACAGAGAAAGGAUUACAAAUUUAGAUGUAACUUUCAAAUCAAAAGGAGUAUUACAAUGGAAAGAUUAGAAAUAUAUUUAAAAAACCUAAAAUCGAUGGAAAGAGGAUAACCUGAGAUCAGGCUCAAUUUUCGUUUCGCUUUGUAAUAACAUUCCGGCGGGCAAGGCGAAACGAAAACAGAGCAGGCCCAAUUUUAGCGGUAGCCGUUAGAGAGAAUGUAUGAGAACCGUUAACAUCGGGCCUGAUCUCAGGUUGGAAAGAGGUUUAGGGGCAUUGCGAAAUUAGUAGAUUCAAACGAACUUUGGAAGGGUGAAAAAUAUAAUUUAAAUGACCACGGAUUAAAAGGCUGAGCUCUAGAAAAAAGGAGUGGGGUUCUCAAUCGCAAUGGAGUAGGAGUCGUAAUCGGAGACACAAGCGAUAGGCACCUAUAGUCUUGUAAACAACAAAAAUCGAGGCCAUUAGGGUGACGGAUUCAGCUGACUCCUCACCGCGCCUACAACUUAGAAAUUGUACAUAAAUGUAAAUGGUGGUGAGGCAUUUUCAUCGGUUGUGCGUGUAUUAUUUCUUACAUUUUGAUAACUGUGAUUGCAGAGUUAAGCGAGAGUUCCUUUGUUUUGUUUUGACAAAUAAAAAAUGUUAACUACAACUCAAACAAGUUUAUUUAAGGAAAGUAAAUAUAUCAACAAACAUUUAUUUCGUGUGUCACUCUCGGUACAUGGCAAUGGCAGAUGGUUUCGCAAGUGAGUAUCAGAUAGGGAUGGCGUCGCUAGUGACAGCUGGUUUUCCAUUUCUUUUCUCUCUGACAGAUUCCAGCAGUAAGUAUCAGUACGACUCCAAAGCAUUUCUGUUUUCACUGGUGAACAGGCCAGGAUGGGCACCUGUUAAACUGCCUCAAACAGGAAGAUAUAGUUCUUCCAGAGCACAUUCCGUACUUUUUGGUUCAUCGUAUGGACCCUCAUUCGGUGCAGGACAUGACAUUUUUAUUUCCAACUUCGCGUCAUCCAAUAGCAAUUCAUUCAGCAACCUUGGCUGGACUUACAGCCCACCGAGCGGGCAUAGCUACAGCAGCACCUUCGCCAAAACAUUCCUGGCAGGAACUUCCAGCUUCACUCCAGACGAAGUAGAAACCUUUUACGAGUCAAACUAA